GCUGUGUUGUCUCCGUGGUUUGUUAACUAUUAGUCUCGAGUGCUACAGUUAACAUUCAUGUUACAUUCAGAGUAAGAAAACACUAAAGGAGAGUCUCAGUAGAAACAAACCUCAGUAUUGUGUCAGAAAACGGAGCUGCGGUGAUACGAACGAAGAGAAGAGUGCUAACGGAGCUAGCCUGGAAGCUAACGGCUGUUAGCAUGGAGGAAGUGAAGAACAUCAGCGGAGACAUCCUGCAGGUGGUAGUGAAAGAUGAAGAGGUUCUCCCUGAGCAGCAGGAGAGGAGCUCCAGUCUGGACCAGGAGGAGCCACCAGAACCAGCACAUAUCAAAGAGGAACAGGAGGAACUCUGGAUCAGUCAGGAGAGAGAACAGCUUCAAGGAGCAGAGGAGGAUGAUAUCAACGCGUUCACAUUGACUCCUACCCAUGUGAAGAGUGAGGAAGAUGAUGGAGAGAAACUUCAGUCCUCACAGGUUGAUGAAAACAGAAAUGUAAAGAGCAGAGACACAGAGCAUUUGAAGAUAGAAGCUGAUAGGGAGGACUAUGAAGGAUCAGACCGAUACUUUAAUCUAGACAGUCAUUUACAUCCAGUUACUCCUGAUGAGACUUCAGACCUAUCUGAAUCUGAAACUGAUGACAGUGCUGAUUGGGAGGAGAGUGAUGAACCUCAAGAAGGUUUAAAUGAUCUACAAAACAAAAAUGGAACUGUAAGUGGUAUGAAACCUAGCGCGGGAAAUUUAUCAGUCAGCGUGUCUGAAUGUGCUCACAGCUUUGGACAAAAGAAACAGCAGAAGCAGCACCAAGGAGAGGAGCGACUGAGUUGUUCAUUUUGUGGUAAAAGAUUCCUGUGUAAGAAAAAUUUAAAACAACAUAUGUUGCGUCAUUCAGCAGAAAAACGUUUCAGCUGCUCAGUUUGUCAGAAAAGUUUUCUCUGGAAAGUAGAGAUGGUGAGGCACAUGAGAGUCCACACAGGAGAGAAACCACUGAGUUGUUCAGUUUGUUGUAAAAGUUUUUCCAGCCAUGCACAUCUAAGGCAACACUCUGUUGUCCACACAGAGGAGAAACGAUUUAGUUGUUCACUUUGUGGUAAAAGUUUUACUUGUCAUGGAAGUCUGAAAACACAUUCUGUAGUCCACACAGGUGAGAAACCGUUUAGUUGCUCAUUUUGUUGUAAAAGUUUUUCUCAACUUGGAGGACUGAAAAGACAUUCUGUGGUCCACACAGGGGAGAAACGAUUUAGUUGUUCAGUUUGUGGUAAAAGUUUUUCCCGACAUGAAAAUCUCCGAAAACAUUCUGUUGUCCACACAGGGGAGAAACCAUUUAGUUGUUCAGUUUGUGGUAAAAGUUUUACUCAAAAUGGAAGUCUGACACUGCACUCUCUUGUGCACACAGGGGAGAAACCGUUUAGUUGUUCAGUUUGUAGUAAAAGUUUCUCUUGCCGUGGAAGUCUGAGAAGACACUCUGUUGUCCACACAGGGGAGAAACCAUUUAGCUGCUCGGUUUGUGGUAAAAGUUUUUCUCAACAUGGAAGUCUGAAAAUACAUGCUGUUGUCCACACAAGGGAAACCAUUCAUUCGGGGUGUUAGUGACAACAUUUACUCACCCUCAAGUUGUCCAGUAUCUUAAGUCUUUUAAUAUGAUAAGAGAACAUUUUCUGAACUCUCAAGAUACUCAUCAGAUACAACCUUCAAACUACAUUGGCAAAGUCUAACAUUCACUGUCUUAAAAUGUGUUUUUAGAACUACAUGACUCGAUUUAUUUUCUAGAAUACAAUAUUUUUGGAGGCUAUGGUUUCUCUGAGUGUGUAACUGAUCUCUUGUAUGUUAAACAUAUUUAUAAACUUUUUAAAUGAUGAACAAAGUUGCCUUAGAAUUGGGUCAGAUUUUACAGACUUGUCUCCACACAGUACUUGG